AUGAGUUGUACGUACCUUUCGGCCUGCGUUUGGUCAUCGGCGUAGCGUCGAGCAUGUCUGGGCCCGUUGCUGACUCCGCGUUCACCUCCACCUACUCUCCCUCUCCCUCUCUUGCACACCACAGACAACGGCGUCGGCUUGUCGACCCCACGUGGAACAGGCACGAACGGCCACAUCCAACGCAACUGGUCCCACCUGCGAGCCCGCGACCCUCUGCCCCCACGUGACGGCUCCGGGGCCUUCUCAUCGUCGAGUUCGUUCGGCGGCGCUUCGACCGGACUCGCCUCGCGUGCGCCCGAUGCGGGCAUCCUCGAUCACGAACGUCGUCGCAGGGUCGAGGUGCAAUGCCUCGAACUCCAAGUUCGCCUCGAGGACCAGGAAGCGCCGGUGCUGAGCGAGCAGGAGAUCCAGCAACAGGUUGACGCGCUAAGGCAACGGCUGUUGGUGCAGAGCCAGGAAGCGCAAGGGAAGGAGAGAAAGGGCCUGAUCCAGCCCCACGAACGACACGAAUUGGCGCAGGCCAAGGCCGUUGCGGAUGAAAAGUUGCGCAAGGCGUUGGGGAUCAGCAAGGACCAUGUGGAGGGGAGGGCGUUCGACCGCGUCGAGCAGGAGCGGUUGAAGGAGGCGCGCAAGGCCGAGUGGGAACGCAAGGAGGAGGACAAGCGCUCCCGGCAAGAAGAGCGAGUCAAGCACCAGCAAGAACUCGAGAGGUUCAAACAGCAGCACGAUCACGAGAAGAGCCGACUCAAGAGGGACUACGAGAGGCGGGGUGGGGCACCGCCGGCGGGCGCUUCGUCCGAGCUGCCGCUGUCGGCCGCCGCAAGGAGGUCGACCACGGAUCGAAGGAGGUACAGCCGGAGCCCCGAGGUGUCCGUGCGUCGUCGGAAGGAUUCGAGAUCGAUCAGUCCCCCGCCUCGUCGACGCGGCCGCAGCCCUUCGCGUUCCCCGUCUCGCUCUCGCUCCCGCUCCCGCUCGUACUCACGGUCCCGCUCCCCACCACCUCGUCGCGGUGCCGCCGCCGGCUCGUCUGCCAAGGGGAGAGGUCGCUCCCCGGGUCGGUCCGUCUCCCAUUCCCGUUCGCCCAUGUCGCGUUCGCCUUCCCCGAGGAGAUUCAGGACGGCGGAUUCCAUGGGGACCAAGCGGCCCCGAUCGCCGAGUCGGUCGCGCUCACGUUCGCCGAGGUCGAGGUCGGCUUCAAUGUCGACGUCGUCGUCGUCGACGCCACCGAGGUCCAAGGCGAGGGAUGA